GUGCAAACCAUGACAGUAGCUGAGCUUCGUUCGGCAUUGCAAUCUGCGGAGGAGGUGCCUCGCAAGCCGUAUGCUUCAGAGCGUUCUGUGCACAUCAAAGCCCGAAAGCAGGAAUUGGUUGGCCUCCCCUUAGGAGGCCCUCUUACUGUUGCUCACGGUGUGUAUGAUACGUUGGCAACUAUGCGUGACGAUGUAGUGCUUACAUAUCUCCUCCUCAGUGAGGGCUUGACUUGCAACGCUGAGAUAUGCUCUGAAAGGCCUCUUAAAGCCUUGCAACCUGGCACGGAUAGAAACCUGAUUCUCAAGGACGAGGCAGCGGCUGCCGCUUUGACCCUUGACACAGACUUGCGGCCUUGCCCGGCCGCGGUCGGGGGAGCCCGUGUUGUGGACCUUGUGGGGUUUGCUGAUUGUGUUGCUGAGCAACGGUGGAACGGGCCCUUGUUCCAAGUUUUGAGCCGUGAGCCUUAUCCGGAAUUUCAAGAGGUUGCAAGAGACCAGGUGUUGCAAUUGGAUCGCCGGUGCCUCCUGGAGCUUGCUUGCAUCUGCGUUGGGGACCUAACGUCUGGCUCCACAGGUGCAUUGCCCCUCGACGAGGAGUUCAAGGAGCUCAAAUUCCACUCGCUUGUCACAGGCUCUUUGCUCCUGGUGACGGGAAGAGGCAAAGACCCAGGCAAACGCUGGGAUAGCACGGGCCAAAGCACUGGUGGCACUGGCCUUGGAACAGAUGUGAAGCAGGGCUCGGAUGCCGGUCAGGCCCCAAGCAAGAAAGCAAGGGUCAUGCGUGAUCACAUCCUAAAGGGCUUGCGGGGCACGCACCCGCGCACGCCCGAUAACAAGCACAUUUGCUUUAAUUUCAACUUGCGUGUGUGCGGGGCUGGAGCAAAGUGCAAGUUCAAACAUGCGUGUUGCAAGCCAGGCGAGCACAAGGCCCUUGCCAUGGUUGCACACAAUUCCUCUGGCACCGAGUGA